GGUCUGUCUGUUUGAUUAUAUUAGGCCAUUGUACUAUUGAGACAUUUGUAGUUUUCUAUCAACAAAAAUGUCAGCCAAAACAAGGUUUGUAAAUGACGAAGCGGAGAGUUAUGAAUCUAUCAACAUUCAAGUCAAGUUCACCGGACUUGAUGUGAUAUCGUUGAAAUCAUCGGAGAAGACGUUGAAUGUUAGAGGAAGAGAGUUUCCAUCAUCUAGAUUUGGAACAUGGAUUUUCAAUGACGGACAUCAGCAGGAUGAUGUCAAAGAAAUUCUGAUCAAUGGGGGAAUUGUUGUUGCUCUGAUUUGGGGGAUGUUGAAAACAUAUCCCGAGGUAACUGCUUGGGUUACUGACGUGAAUGGAUAUUGCUUUGCUCUGGAUGUUAGAAAAAGUCAAAAGAAAAAAAUGGUAAAUGAGAUCGGUUGUGGAAAGAUGGCGAAACAAGUCGAAAAAGCUUUAAAAAAUCUAGCAGUCACGUCUUUCUACAAGAACAUCAAAGUGAAGUUGUUCAAGCUAAUGCGAGAUGCUAGUCCGAGUAAAAAGAGAACUGAAAACGAUGAAGAUAAUGAAGAUAAAUCUGAUCAUAUUUCAGAAGCCAUGAGAAUGAAAAAAUUAGAAAAUGCAGAAAAAGUUGCAAUAUUCAUGAAUGACGAUAACUUUAGCUGGGCAUUUAUGCGAUUGAAGCAAGAGUUGCAGAACGAAAAAGAUGACGUUUUCAGACUACAGAUGCUGUUGAGACUUGCCAUAUGUUCAUUGCAUCUCAAGAACGCUAAUGAAAUUGAAUCAUCUACGGAUCAAGUUUUGAGGCUAAUGAAGGUUGUUGCCAUUCCAGCCGAACAACACAAUGAAUAUCAGCAUGAUUUCCUCCUCCUCCAUGAAAUGUUAGGUAAAACGGGACAUUUCAUCAGAGCGAUAGAAUUGGCUUUUGCUUUCAACGAAGUUACGAAAAAAAUUCCUGAAUCCGAUGAACGUAUUGAGAAGAUAUUUCGCAACUUGACUCGCGUAAUGAGAUCUCUAACAGAACUUGUUUCAAUCGAUCCAGGAGCCUGUUUGAUGAGUCAAGUGAUUUUAUAUAAGCAACAGGUUGAUAAAGAAAUGGAAGACACUAAGAAUGAGAAAAACUGCAGUCCAUUACUGAUGGCUCGAAACGUAUACUACAUUGAAUUCACGAAGACACAUAUGGAAUCGGCAAUAAACAAAAGUGUUGCUCUUCUUUUCGGAGAAACUACGAAAGAAUUUAAUGAAAUGGUAUGCUGUUGGAGUGAUUAUCCGUUUGUGGCGAAGAAGCUGGAGCAACAUCCAUUAACAGCAAGCUAUACAGAAGAUGAAGAUUUUGAAAAUACUUGUCUACAAAUAUCAAAAAAUCCAGCAUUGCUUAAAGAAAAAAUAUCAGAUAUAAGAAUUGCUCAAGCAAAUGAAGUGCUCAUAUCUGAAUUCAAAGGUACAGAUGAAAAGAGCAAGCGAUCAGCAAAAAGAGCAAUGGAAGAAAUUGACAUUGCAUCUGGAAUUUUUGGAUCUGGAGUUACAACUAGCAAAAAAUCUGGGAAAAAUAACAAUCGACCUUUGGAUAAGAAAAAAGAGGCUGACGUUGAAAAAGAAAAGGGAAACGACGCAUACAAAAACAAACUCUUCGAUAAAGCCCACAAGCAUUACGACAAGGCUAUUGAGUUGGAUCCAAUGAAUGCGAUGUUUCAUUCAAACAAAGCUGCAGUUUAUAUUGAAGAAAAGAAAUUGGGACAAGCAAAAUCAGCUUGUUUGACAGCAGUUAGAUUGGCAACACAAAGCGAAAGACAUGAUAAUCGCGAUUUAUCGAAAAUUCUUGCCAGACUUGCUCGGAUUGAAGUAUUAGAAGGGAAACCGAAUGGAGCAAUCGAGACAUACGAUCGAUCACUUCGACUUCAUCAUGACGAUAAAGUGGCCCAACAAAGACAACAAUGCAUUGAUGCUAUUAUGGCAAUGCGCUUCAUGCAUUCGAUGAGAUUCGGCUCCGAAUUUCCGUUUUACUGAUUCCGGAAUGUAGCAAAAUGUACAGUAGCUUCUAGAACAUUUUACUGUAAUAAAAGUUCUUCAACUAUAUUCCAUUUGUUUCGUUAAUAUAAGCCACAUUGAUACAUAUACUUAAUAGGGAGCAAUCGAUAUUUGUAAAUUACUGAAGAAUUUUUCUGUGUAACAAACACUGUUCUAAAUUAUGGGUUAAUCGUAUUUAUUGUAUUUUCUUUUAACUUACAUGAUUAUUGACUUGUUAUUGUUAUGGAUUUUGUUUUAAAUGCAACAUCUUUAUCAUACGAAUUCAGCUACCAGAUAACGACACACAUUAAACAUAUUAACUUUUUAAAAUUGAUUUUCACGAAAUUUGUAAUUUCAAUUUUAUAGAAUUAAUUAAUUUUUGUUUGUCAUCCGUAGUGUAAUAUAAGAGCAGAUGAAAGUUCUUAGUCUUGAUCUCCAUCAAACUCUAUUUCUGUGGUCGCCUGAUCCUUACACCGAAACCAUAAAUAAUAAUUCAGACUUGGCCAGCAAACUAUUGGAAUGUUGUUGCCAAUUUGUUCGCCACGGCCAUGCAGUAUCUAAUGGAUAUAUAUGUAUAUACUGUCUAUAUAUAUAUAUACUGAAUUUGUUCGCUCGAAAUGACGAAUUUCAAACCAUUUUAACAUGUAUUUUACUACUGAAUGUGACUACAAUAAAUAUAUAUAG